AUGGACGAUCUCCCUGGUGGCCACGCAGAAGAUGACGAGGGGCAGCUGCGGCAGAAGCCGCAAGUGGCGGUGCAGACCCCGUGGCCACACUCGCGCUUGCUGAGUCUGAGCGCGGUGCUCCUUGGACGAGCGACGCUGUGGUCUGGCGUGACGAUGCAGCUGAUGCCGCGACAAGUCAUCACCAUGGCCGGCGAGCGAUACAAGGGCACCGCCCUCGGCUUCAUCAACGCUGCACUAGUUACGUUGCGUGAUGGGCGAGCCUCGCACGGCGUCACUGACCCGACCACCUAUGGUUUGCCCGUGCAGACCGUGGCUGCGAUUGGAGCGGGCGGAGUGCCGCCCGUGGUGGGCGCCGUAAGCGACAGGACGUGGCUGGACGCCGAGUUGCAGCGUCGGCGGUGGUGGUGGAGGUGGCUGCCGGCCGGCCGACGACGCCCCUGGACGGCGGUCGCGGCGGUGCUGGUGGCCGUGGCCCUUUUGUUCAUGGGCCUCGCCGGCAACCCGGGGGUCGGAUGGGUCGUGGUGUACGGAUUGGCCACCACAUUCAUGGCCUCGGCCGAUGCCUUCUUCACUCCGGCAUUGGCGCUCUUGCCCGAUCUCGUGCCGGCGGCGCAGUACGGCGCAGCCUCCGCGUAUGCCGGCCUCGCACAGAUGGCGUACAUUCCCCGCAUUCCCGAGGGACGUGUAGCGGUGGUGGGCAUGUUCGGCUGCUACGUGAUCCUGGCGGCGCUCGUGCUCGUCUUCAGCGCCAUCACCGUCUUCUCGGUCAGCGAAGCCACGGCUCAUCCGCAGAAGGCGGCGCACGUCCCGGCGCUCAUUGACGCAGCGGAUGACGACGACGUAGACCCCUUUGAGAUGCGCGAAGAGGUGGUCUACGAUGUGCAACCCGUCUGGCGUCGAGGGCGGGGCUGGCUGAAGGGCGCGUGCGCGGAGGGGUGGGCCAAUCUCCACGCCUCGCUGCGUGACCGCAACUUCGCCUGCGUGUGGAUCAAUCGGUUUCUGUUCAACUGCGGCUUCCAGGUGAUGAUGUCGCCCUACAACCUCUUUGGCCUCUUCGAGCUUGACCAGCCCGAGCAGGCCACUUCGCUCUUCGUCAUCGUCUCUACCGUCGGUUCUCUAUUGAGCUCGGUGGUGAGCGGCAUCUUGUCUGAUCGAAGCGGGCUGGGACUGACGGGCGUGGCGGUUGCGAUGACGGGCACGACCGACUUCUCCGUGAUGAUGGGCCUUGCGCUUGUGUUUGGCAUCUCCUACGGCACUUAUAUCAGCGUCGCGUUUGCGCUGGUGAGCGAUACGCUGCCCUCGUCCGCCCACCACGCCCGCGACAUCGGCCUGUGGACCCUCUCCGAGAACCUUCCCGCUGCGGCGUUGGCCCUCUCCGCCGUUCUUCUCCUUCUGGCCGUCGUUGUGGCCGCCUUCAUCGACUUUCCUUCGCCGGCUGUCGACCAGCCGCCCGAGGAGAGCGACCAGCGCCAGGUCGAAGUCGACCCUCUCACCACCGAGUCGUCGAGCGAUGCUUCCAACGCAGCCUGA